AUGAUGUUAUUUGACGGAUCGGCUCGUAAAGAUGGUGCGGGGGUUGGUGUAGUCUUCGGAUCACCCGAGAGACAUGUAUUGCCCUAUUUAUUCUAUUUAAGUGGAGUUUGCUCGAAUAACGUUGCAGAAUACCAUGCUUUGAUCAUGGGCUUACAAAUGGUCGUGGAGAUGAAGAUAUCGAGCUUAGAAGUAUAUGGUGACUCCAUGUUAGUGAUCAACCAACUGUUGACCCACUAUGAAGUUAGGAAGGAUGAUCUAAUUCCAUACCACCAAAUGGCCACGCAAUUACUGGAAAGGUUUGACUUCGUAACGCUAGAGCAUGUGCCAAGAAAAGACAACCAAAUGGCAGAUGCCUUAGCCAAUCUUGCCGCUACGUUGGCAUUGACAAAAGAUGAAGCGAUGAAUCUUCCAGUUUGCUAA